CUCUCACUCUAUCCCACCAACUCGACUGACGUGCCCGAACUUGUACGACCGACACCUGAUCCGUUCGGUCGCUGCAUAGACCAGGCAGGGAAGUAUCAAAGUUACCCAAUAAACAUACAAAUGCGACGCAAUUAACCAAGGACUCGGUUGAAAAGUAAGAGUUUACAAUUUUAUCACAGGGGAAUAGCGCGGAAUGCUGAGAAUGAUACGAGUUUGAUGGGACUGGAGAAUUUGGAGCUCCAUGCCCAAAUGGCCAAUUCUCCGCAGAGCUGUUCAAAUGUGGAUUUCACGUUGUGAUACGCACCACGUCCUGGUUCAGAACUCAUGCUUUCUGCAUGAAAACACCUGAAUAAGGUAGCCUAUCCAAGAUGAUCAAUCUCUUUUAUACCAAUCAUUGCAUUUAGCAGAAUCAUGUGCUCUCAACAUUGAGUGUAGGUCACCAUUGACUGUCAACUGUAAAAAACGACAACAGGUUCCAAUGGAGCACAGGAAGCAGAAGUUGAGUUCGGCCAAGGGCUUCGUCCCAGUGUUUGAGAUGCGCGGAACUCGUCGGAUACUUUUUCUACUAGUGCUGAUGUUGGUAGGUUUGGAUGGGGUCGGCGGACUCCCUGCGUGUAGAAGGAAAACGGAAGCUGGUGAGCGGUCUGUGGAGUCCCUGAGCUCUGUGAAGCAUCAUCCCGUGACGGGAGCGGCAUUGAGCCGCUCCAAACGCUACGCCAUCAACCCACUGGGACACAAGUGGAAGCAUUUCAACCUCACCUACAAGAUCGUGAAGUUUCCCAACACGCUGAACAAAGAUGGCACCCGCAAGGCCAUCAGCAUUGCGUUCUCCAAGUGGAGCGACGUGUCUCCUCUCUACUUUGCUGAAAUCACAAACCCCAACAAGAGUGCUGACAUUAUCAUCGGCUUCUACACGUGGAACCACACAGACUGCUGGUGGUCUCCAUUGCACCCCUGUUUUGAUGGGCUAAACGGGGAGUUGGCCCAUGCCUUCCUGCCCCCGCGUGGGGAGAUCCACUUUGACAACCAUGAGUUCUGGAUCCUGGGGAAGUCCCGCUUCAGCUGGAAACAAGGUGUAUGGUUGAAUGACCUGGUACAGGUUGCGGCUCAUGAGAUCGGGCACGCCCUCGGACUGUGGCACUCCCGUGACCCCCAGGCCCUGAUGCAUCCCAAUGCCACCUACACGGGCCAGAGGAACAUUGCCCAGGACGACAUCUGGGGAAUCCAGCGCCUCUAUGGAUGCACAGACAAGAAGCGCGUGUGUGAUCCAUGGGCUCGCCUUGGCUUCUGCGAAAGGAGGAAGAGCUUCAUGAAGAAACACUGUGCCCGCCGCUGCGACCUCUGCUAUGAGCCUCUUGAGGCCAUUAUCACGCCAACUCCACUGCCUUCCAACGUCAAGGUCAAGAUGGUUCCUCGUGGAAAGGUUGUGGGCUUCCGCUGUGGGACGAAGAAUCCUAGAUCGCCUCCCAAAGUCAGCUGGUACAAGGAUGGAGAACAGCUCCUGAUCUCUAUCCCCGGCUACAUCAUCAUGAAGGGCCGCGACCUCCGCAUCGUUGCCAACGAGUUUAACGAGGGCACUUACACCUGUCGCGUCCAUCGUAGCGGCAAUGUGGUCUCUGCAAACUCCUGGGCCAUCCGGCUGAAGCCUGAACAGCCCUCCAACAGUUGAGCUGAACGGAGUGAGUGAGGGAAAGGAAGAAUGAGAGCUGGGAAGGAAAGUAUAAGGCAUGGAGGAAAAGAGGACGAACCCACAGCUGUGCCACAUGUGCCUCUCCGCUAGCCGCAGUGGAAUGCAGGUGGCAACAAUUAUAAUAUUAAAAUGGAACUCAGCAAUUUGACAUCAUACACCAUGACGACUUCCUGAUAUUUAAAAUCUGCCAUGACUGCCACAUAUUGGACCAUAUUCACUCAGGGGUUGUGAGCUCUGAUUCAGAGGGUUUGGGUUAAAUGCGGAAGACACAUUUCAGUUGAAGACAUUCAGUUGUACAACUGACUAGGUAUCCUCCUUUCUCUAAAAUAAAAGAACCCAACAGAAAACAGAAAACCUUCCUUGAGUUUAACCUUAGAAUCAACAGAUCAUUUACCAAUGGAAACAACCCUCUAGUCUAGAGCCAAUAGUGUCAGUCUUGCAGAUUGAAAUUCUGUUGUUGUUAAUGUCUGUAAACAGGAAGUUUCCCCGGUUUGUAGGAUGAUAUCAUAUAGCUGAGUCUACCUUUAAGCAGAUUGUACUCUGACAGUACUCCCCAGGUCAUAAAUGGGAUAGACCCCAGCGCUCAACCUUAUACUUCAUUCAUCAUCAAGGACAUCAGACUUUAAGAUCCAGACAGAAAAGACUAGCUUUGCUCACCCUUUAAAUGUGAUGACUGUCAUUUCCAUGCAGUUGUUGUAUUGAUAUAUCUCACUUUGUAAAAUGUCUAGGACAGAGUUGAUAUUUCUAGUAAGAUGUUUUGAUGAAAAUGGUGGAAAUAUGAUGUAGCUAUCACUGUGUGUACAGUACUUACGGAAAGUAUUCGCAGAUUUAAGUCAUAACUGAUAUUAGGGCACUCAAGCCCCGUUUUUUUAUGCCUGGUUCUAACAUGCAUCCUGGUCUUGUCCACAUUCUGACCGUGCCCAAAUUCUCAGACAUGCAUCUAUAAAAUAUUGAACAGUCA